AUGGAUGCAGAGAAAUCUACAUUAGCCUUGGAAGCUGUUAGCAAAGAAACUGUUGACUUGGAACACAUUCCUAUUGAAGAAGUCUUUGAAAAUUUAAAAUGUACCGAAGAGGGUCUCAGUUCUGAUGAGGUUCGAGCACGUUUGGGUGUGUUUGGCUACAAUAAACUUGAAGAGAAGAAGGAGAGUAAAAUACUCAAGUUUUUGGGCUUUAUGUGGAAUCCUCUUUCUUGGGUCAUGGAAGCAGCAGCUAUUAUUGCUAUUGCAGUUCCACGUGGCGAGAAAAAAGAAGUUGAUUACCAAGACUUUGUUGGCAUUCUCAUAUUACUUCUCAUCAAUUCAACCAUCAGUUUUAUGGAGGAAAAUAACGCUGGAAAUGCAGCUGCAGCUCUUAUGGCUCGAUUGGCUCCAAAGGCUAAGGUUUUGCGGGAUGGCAAUUGGAAUGAAGAAGAUGCAUCUGUGCUGGUUCCAGGAGACAUUAUAAGCAUAAAACUAGGAGAUAUCAUCCCUGCAGAUGCAAGACUACUCCAAGGAGAUCCAUUGAAAAUUGAUCAGUCUGCUCUUACAGGAGAAUCCCUGCCUGUUACCAAGAAUCCUGGUGAUGUAAUAUACUCAGGUUCGACAUGUAAGCAAGGUGAAAUUGAGGCUGUUGUUAUUGCAACUGGUUUGCAUACUUUCUUUGGAAAGGCAGCUCAUUUGGUGGAAAGCACUACACAUGUUGGUCAUUUUCAGAAAGUGUUGACGGCUAUUGGUAAUUUCUGUAUAUGCUCAAUUGUCAUGGGGAUGCUAUUUGAGACUAUUGUCAUGUUUGCAAUGCAACAUAGGAAGGCUACCGAAGGUAUUGCCAAUCUCCUUGUUCUACUGAUUGGUGGUAUUCCCAUUGCUAUGCCAACAGUUUUGUCCGUUACCAUGGCAAUUGGUUCCCACCGUUUAUCACAACAGGGUGCAAUAACAAAAAGAAUGACAGCAAUUGAGGAAAUGGCUGGGAUGGAUGUACUGUGCAGUGACAAAACAGGCACUCUAACUCUGAACAAACUUACAGUGGACAAAAAUAUGAUUGAGGUUUAUGCCAAAGGCGUGGACAAAGACACAGUUGUUCUGAUGGCAGCAAGAGCUUCAAGGUUAGAGAAUCAAGAUGCUAUUGACACUGCAAUUGUCUCAAUGCUUGGUGAUCCUAAGGAGGCACGAGCUGGGAUCACUGAAGUUCACUUCCUUCCUUUCAAUCCAACCGAUAAAAGGACAGCACUUACCUACACUGAUGGCGCUGGUAGAAUGCACAGAGUGAGCAAAGGUGCACCAGAACAGAUUCUCAACCUUGCGCGGAACAAAUCUGAGAUUGAAAAGAAAGUGCACUCAGUCAUUGACAAAUUUGCUGAUCGUGGGCUACGGUCCCUUGCAGUUGCUCGACAAGAAGUACCUGAAGGCACCAAAGACAGUCCUGGUGGACCAUGGGAAUUUGUUGGCCUGCUCCCUCUUUUUGAUCCACCACGCCAUGACAGUGCAGAAACAAUCAGGAGAGCUUUAGAUCUUGGAGUUAGUGUCAAGAUGAUUACAGGUGACCAAUUAGCAAUAGCUAAGGAAACAGGGAGACGCCUUGGGAUGGGUACAAACAUGUAUCCCUCAUCUUUCCUUCUUGGAGAUCAUAAGGAUGAGUCCGUUGCAGCCCUGCCGAUUGACGAACUCAUAGAAAAAGCAGAUGGCUUUGCUGGUGUUUUUCCUGAGCACAAAUAUGAAAUUGUGAAGAUAUUGCAAGGCAGAAAACACAUUUGUGGUAUGACAGGAGAUGGGGUGAAUGAUGCGCCUGCUCUGAAGAAAGCAGAUAUAGGGAUUGCAGUGGCAGAUGCGACGGAUGCCGCACGAAGUGCCUCAGAUAUAGUUCUAACUGAGCCUGGGCUGAGUGUUAUUAUCAGUGCGGUAUUAACAAGCCGAGCCAUAUUCCAGAGAAUGAAGAAUUACACUAUAUAUGCUGUAUCCAUCACAAUCCGUAUUGUGUUGGGGUUCAUGUUGCUCACUGCAUUCUGGAAAUUUGACUUCCCUCCUUUCAUGGUUCUUGUAAUUGCAAUUCUCAAUGAUGGUACUAUAAUGACUAUAUCAAAAGACAGGGUCAAGCCAUCUCCACUUCCCGACAGCUGGAAGCUUAGUGAAAUUUUUGCAACAGGCGUUGUAAUUGGCAGUUACCUUGCACUGAUGACUCUUAUAUUUUUCUACGUGACAUAUGAAACAAGCUUCUUUGCUAAACAUUUCCAUGUGACUGACUUCAACAAAGGGCUUUACAAUCUCACAAAUGAGGAUGCCAGGAAGCACCUAAAUGCACAACUAGCUUCUGCUGUCUAUCUUCAAGUCAGCACCAUCAGUCAAGCCUUGAUCUUUGUGACGCGCUCCAGAGGAUGGUCAUACACAGAAAGGCCCGGUCUUCUUCUUCUUGCUGCAUUUAUCAUUGCCCAAUUGUUUGCAACCAUACUGUCUGCUGUGGCCACAUCGAAAUUUUGCGGAAUCAGGAAGAUUGGAUGGGGUUGGACUGGUGUGAUUUGGCUAUAUAACAUUCUCAGCUACUUGCUGCUUGAUCCUAUCAAAUUUGGCAUUCGGUAUGCACUCAGUGGCAAACCCUGGAAUCUGCUACUAAGCCAAAGGAUGGCAUUUUCCACACAAAAGGAUUUUGGAAAGGAACUUAGGGAGGCCGCAUGGGCAGCUGAGCAGCGAACCCUUCAUGGGCUUCAAUCUGCAGAAGCAAAAGCAUUCAACGAGAAGCAUAAUUUUAGGGAGAUCAGCAUCAUGGCUGAAGAAGCAAGAAGACGUGCAGAGAUUGCAAGGUUGAGGGAACUUCACACAUUGAAAGGCAAGGUGGAAUCCUUUGCAAAGCUACGGGGAUUAGACUUAGAUGUCAAUUCUCAUUACACACUCUGAUAGCUACUGAUGCCAUUGGUGGUUUCUGCAACUCUUUUGUUAUUCAUUUCCCUCCUUUGUUACAAGCUGCCAGACAACUUGAGACGAAAUUCUGCGCUCGUCCAUCACUGUAUGAUCAUAAGUGUGCACC